UUGAGAUUGAAGUCCCUUGUCAAAGGAACAGACAUGGUACAUGGGUGCAGUUUGCUUCACGUUGUUGCAGGUCUCAUCAUACUUGGGUUGUCCGGGGCAACGAAGAAGACAGGAGUGAGAAACAACUCGGGAGUCCAGCCAGCAGGUCAAUGUGGCACCUGGGUGAAGGAGGCGGACGGAGGCAUCUUCACUUCUCCGAAUUACCCCGACAAAUACCCCCCAGAGCGAGAAUGUAUUUACAUUCUUGAAGCUGCUCCGAAGCAGUGCAUUGACCUCUACUUCAAUGAGAAGUAUUCAAUAGAGCCUUCGUGGGAGUGUAAAUUUGACCACAUCGAAGUUCGGGAUGGUCCUUUUGGCUUCUCCCCAAUAAUCGGACGUUACUGUGGGCAGGAGAGCCCACCCUACAUCAGGUCCAGCGGGCGAUACCUCUGGAUAAAAUUUGUUGCUGAUGGCGAACUGGAAGCCAUUGGAUUUUCAGCAAGAUACAAUUUCACUCCAGAUCCCGACUUCAAAGACGUGGGGGACCCGAAGCCUCUGCCCUUGUGCGAGUUUGAGCUGGGGGGGCCGGAGGGGAUCGUGGAGUCCGUGCAGAUCAGCAGGGAGGGGAAGGCCUUGCAGACGGAGGCCGUGGACUGCAAGUGGUUCAUCAGAGCUCCACCCGGCUCCAAGAUCUACCUGCGUUUCCUGGAGUACGAGAUGCACAACUCGAACGAGUGCAAGCGCAACUUCGUGGCGGUGUACGACGGCAGCAGCUCAGUGGAGGACCUCAAGAACAAGUUCUGCAGCACGGUGGCCAACGACGUGAUGCUGGUCUCUCCCCUCGGCGUGGUCCGUAUGUGGGCCGACGAGGGGAGCCGGCGGAGCAGGUUCCGCAUCCUCUUCACCACCUUCCAAGAGCCCCCAUGUGAGUCAGACACAUUCUUCUGCCACAGUAACAUGUGCAUUAACCACACCCUGGUGUGUAAUGGCGUACAAAACUGCGUCUACCCCUGGGAUGAAAACCACUGCAAAGAAAAGAGGAAGGCCAACAUCCUGGACAACCUCAACAACACCAACCUGGCCAUCAUCGGCGUCACCUGCACCAUUGUCUUCAUCCUCCUCAUCGUGUCGGUGGUCGUGCAGAUCAAGCAGCCGCGCAAGAAGUACAUCGUCCGGCGGGAGGACUUCGACCCCACCAUGUUCCACGAGGUGUUCGAGCCGCCCCACUAUGAGCUGUGCACGCUGCGGAGUGCGGCGGUGGCCCCGCCCGCGCCCGGGCCCGCGCCCGGCGAGCUGGCCGACCUGGCCGAGGACCUGGAGAGCUACCACCGGCUGCGCCGCUCCUCCUCCAAGUGCGUCCACGACCACCACUGCGGCUCGCAGGGCUCCAGCCUGCGGGGCAGCCGCUGCAACCUGAGCGCCCGCGGCGACCCCGCCCUGCUGGCCGACGCGCUGGGCCAGCCGCUCCGGGCCCCGCAGGGCCCCGGCGCCGCCGGCCGCCGGAGCAUCCUGGUGAUGAAGCACAGCUACUCGCAGGACGGCGCCGACGGGGGCGACGGGGGCGAGGACGACGACCUGGAGGACGUGCCCGCCACCAGCCACAGGCUGGCCCGACAUGAGAAGGACGUGCAGCGGUUCUGCCUCAUUGGGUCUCUAAGCAAACAUGAGUCUGAAUACAACACAACUAGGGUCUAGGGGACCGUCAAGGCAGAUUCAUCAUUCUACUGCACCUGACCACAUGUGGAACUAACUCUGCUCCACCUCUUACCCCUUCCCCCAUUCCAUUCACCUUCUAAGAACUGUUGCUGUUGGCAACCAAUUUGUUGUGAUUGAGAGAAAAAAAAUGGAAAUACAGCAUU